CGUCAAAUCUCAAAUCAUGUCAUUUCCUUUUGAUUAGUGGGCCGUCCAAUUAUUAAGUUUGUGAUUGUUUGUGAAAUAAAGCGUAAUGAUGGCUGCUGAGGACACAACAGCGGACGCGACGAGGCGGUUAAAUGUUAAGAAACAAACGCUCGACGACGCGUAUGCGGCGCCGGCCAAUUUCCUCGAAAUUGACGUGGUGAACCCAGUAACGACAAUGGGAGUCGGGAAGAAACGCUAUACGGAUUACGAAGUCCGCAUGAGGACCAAUCUGCCCGUGUUCAAAGUGAAAGAGUCGAGCGUGAGGCGGCGGUACAGCGACUUCGAAUGGCUCAGAAACGAACUAGAACGAGACAGCAAGAUUGUGGUACCACCUUUGCCAGGCAAAGCUUUAAAGAGGCAAUUGCCUUUCCGGGGAGAUGAUGGCAUAUUUGAAGAGGAAUUUAUAGAAGACCGCAGAAAAGGCUUAGAAACAUUCAUCAACAAGAUAGCCGGGCACCCGCUAGCGCAGAACGAACGCUGCCUGCACAUGUUCCUGCAGGAGCCAACCAUCGACAAGAACUAUGUCCCCGGCAAGAUACGGAACACAUAAUAAUCACACUCCGCCCAACUUUGGAACAGUUCGCCUCAUACAAUCUUUAUUUAAGCAGGUGUUGGAAACUACUUUUUAAAGAUGAGAUACUUUUGCGUGGUUGGUGAUUUUUAGAUGUAUACAAUAAAGGGGGUAAAUUAGUAUUAAGAAUACUAUACACAGGAUAAUAUUGCUUAUAUCUUUUAUAUAUUCUAAAAAACCCAGGCAUUCUACUGCAUUCCUCAAAAGAAUUGCUCUUAAAAGUCUCGAGUACGUAAAAUUAGUCACCAACACGUCUAAUAUUAGACUACCCACCUUUUUAGUUAAGGUUUAUAAAGGGUGCUAUUAUAUAAACAGAUUUUGCGUAAGAAAAAGAUCUCUUAUAUUAUCUGUGUAUGAGUAGGUAUUAGCAUAAUCAACUGAAGAUCCAGUGUAUGUUUUCACCCAGGCAUUCUAUGUAAAAUGUAUUUUUCUUUAAAAAGUAGUUUUAUACAAUACAAAUUCAGUAAGAGAAAGUUUUAAUUUAGUUCUUAUGCUCUGAUAAUUGGACUACGGAGCCUGAGUCAUAUAUAGAAUCCAGAAUUUUAGUCAAACUUUAUUAACUGUUUAUUAAUAUCACUGUUAAAAUAACAAACAGUUGACAAGUGAACUUGGACUGAUAAAGUUUAAAAAUGUACCUGGGUUUAACCAAGAUAAAUCACUAUGCAUAUUGUUAUGAAUUAUGAUUACUAAUGUUCUUGAUUCUAUAAAACAAUGAUUCUUCGUCAAGACUGGACUUGCCAUUGAUAAUUAAUGACACCGACUCCAGUUCAACCAUUAUUUAAAAUACAAAUGAUCUAUUUACACUAACUUAUCUGUUCACAUUACACUAACAGCACUAAUAAUAAAAUGGGGGGAUUGUUCCAAAGUAUUAGAUAAUGUAUCAGUGAUCAUAUUAAAAUAUCACGAAUGCAAUAACCUUCGAGCGAUGGAAAAUGACGACGGAUUUCUUAUACGGCACUGCAUUCCACAGAUAAAAAAGAUAUUUAUUAUUGCGUUCAGACUGCAACAAUCUGGUGCGAACAGUGAAUCAUUAUACUGUCUACAUUUGAGUAGUCAACGUUAUUCGCUAUGACAUGACUCAAAUGUAUAGACACUAAUAAAAUUAGAACAAAAUUAGUUAUUGUUUGAAAUUAAGCAAUAUUAUUGGAAUUGUUGAAAUUGUUUAGCGUUCAUAAUCUCUAUGUAUAUUCAGUUAGCAUUGCGAGUAAUUAUAUGUUAUAGUCAAUAGAUUAAACAUUAAGGUAAUUUUACUUUAUUUUGUAUACAUUAAAUCAAAAUCUCAUUUGUUUGUAUUCAUUCGCCAUCUUGUUUUCUAAAUUAAUUCCUUGCGCAAGAGACCUCUGAAACGAGAUAAUCCUUCUCACUCACAUAUUGUGGGGUCUCUUUUCCGCGGGAGUUUCAUCAUGUUUGAGCUAGCUAAGUGUAUUUAUUUUCCUGGUUUAUUUGGUAUGAGUUGAGAUGCUUCUGGCCUAGAUAGUUAAAAAAAAACUUAAUUAUUUCGAUUAUCGACUUUUGAUUUUAAAGAUGGCGAUAAACGAACCAAACAAUUCUAGGCUUGGAGCAUUGAUGGGAUUGUAAUCUAAUUAGACUUAUAUUUAGUUUAAACAUAGAUUAAAAAUUGAAAAACAAACAUAGGUUACCACAAUAACCGUUUUAUAAGAUCUUAUGACCUUACAUAUUAAUAAGCAUAGAACAUUGGCGGACAAUCGGAUAUAAUGUGAUACUGAUAAAUCAAUCUAAGCUUUUUUUUAUUAAACUAAUAAUUUAUAACCCAUAUAUGCCCAGAACUACUUUUUGGUCUGAACUCCAUGAGGUUACAGGCUUUUACUUAUUUUUAUGAGGGAGUAGAGUUUUCCCAGUGGGUUGAAAACAACCCAAUGGGCAUAUAUGGGUUUAAUAGUAUGUCAUGUCAUAAUAUCUUACAUCGGUUGCGUGGUAUAAACAUCACCUACGUGAAUUCCUGUAACACCAAGUAGGCGUUUGGGUUUUAAACCACUCUAGAGCCCGCUCCAGACUACGCGGCGCGAAGCUGCGAACGCGAGUGUGGAGUCGAUUAAGCUGAUUAGCAAAAUAGACUCCACACUCGCGUUUGCGGCUUCGCGCCGCGAUUCUCGCACGUCAAGGCUUAUCUUCGAUAAGUGGGUCAUUCUACUUUUUACUGCAGGUUUUAAUGAUUUAAAACAAUCUUGAAAUUUUCAUAAUCGUAACUUUAUUUUUUAUUUUUUAUACCACGUCGGUGGCAAUCAAGCAUACGGCCCGCCUGAUGGUAAGCAGUUACCGUAGCCUAUGAACGCCUGCAACACCAGAGAUAUUACACGCGCGUUGCCGACCCUUUAAAAACCUGUACACUCCUUUUUUGAAGAACCCCAUACUGUAGCCCCACGGGAAAACCUAUACUAGCUACUAAAAAUUGAUAUGCACAGAUUAGGCCUCAAUAUUUGACCAUUGGCUUUUUUUUUAUUAUUUAUAGUCUGGCCGGAGUAGGCAAAUAUACAACUUUGCUACCGUACUACCGUCCCUGCUCUUUCACUCAUAAUGACAACUUUGUUACCUUUAAAAAAAUAGAUAAAAGAUAGACUUUGGUUACAUGGUAUCGUUAGUGCAGCAUUAAAAUGUGCUUUAUAUUGAUAUACAAUUACACAAAUUAAAAAAAUAAACAAAUUACAUAAUUUACAAAUACAAAAAUAAAAUAAUGUCUUCUGGGGACAAAAAUAGGUACCUGCAGUACAAAGUAGAAUGACUCAUGUAUUCAACAUUUGUAGUCAGUCGAAAAUAUCUACAUAGCCAAGAUGACAUAAAUAUGUCAACACGAGUACAUCGUUGUAGUUGCUUACUUUGACUACAAAUAAAAUAGUAAUUCUUAUCGAAGAAACACUAGUGUGUUUUCUAUGGUAAGAUUCUCAAAUUCGAGUUAUAUUCGAGUUGCCAUAGUGAUGCCUUAUCUCAAAUUGUAUCGAUUCGAGAAUCUGAUCAAUGGUAACCAUUCGCCGAUAAUCGAAGUAUUUUAAACAGUGCCUGAAGGCAUAGGUAAAUGAAUUGACUUUUUAAAAACAUUUUUCGCCUUGGGUGUACAAAAUUGGUAAUUGGAGGGUUGCUUUCGAAAGUUCGUAACUGCAUUGUGCGCACGAGUUGAUUGCCUUUAAAAGUGACAAGGACAGCGCUUUAGCAGUCUUUUUUCUGAUGGAACAGCCGAUAUUUCGUCCUCUUUCGAUUUUUCUUGCCAACGACGAGAUUAAAAGUAAGUCCUUUCCACAUUAACCACGUUUUCAUAGAUAUACCUACCUGUAAGUGUAACGUGCAAGUUGGAAUGCCAUCGUCCAUAGGCUAAGGUGACUACUUACCACGCGGGCCGUACGCUUGUUAGCCACUAAAAUAAAAAAGAAUGUAAGUGGCAGUCAACUCGUGAGCAACAUUUGAGUGUCUUUUCAAAAGGGCUUAUUUUUGUAUGGUUGCAUAGAUAAAUAAGCCCUUUUGAAUAGGCUCAUGUGUCGAGAUACGAUCGUUCUAAAGUCGCCACGUAAUGUAGUUUUAUAUAAUAUCUAAUUUGAACAGCAUGUGUUGUCGGUUAGGAUAAAUGACUGUUUAGAUAUACAGAGAAUAUAAAUGUCAGGUAUCUGUCAAACGCAAGUUAACAUUCGGUUACGUAUUAUGUCGAUCAUAAUAGGAUAUAAUGAAAUAAAUUUGCUAUCAUGUCA